AUGAGAACGGUGGCUGAGAACACCUCGGCGAGGGAGUUUAUCCUGGCGGGCCUCACCGACCAGCCGGGCCUCCAGAUGCCCCUCUUUUUCCUUUUCCUGGCUUUCUACCUGAUCACCGUGGUGGGGAACUUGGGCCUGAUCACCCUGAUCGGCCUGAACUCCCACCUGCACACCCCCAUGUACUUUUUCCUCUUCAACUUGUCCUUCAUCGAUUUCUGUUAUUCUACUGUCAUCUCUCCCAAACUGCUGAUGAGUUUUGUCCUGAAGAAGAACAUCAUCUCCUAUGCUGGGUGCAUGACCCAGCUCUUCUUCUUUCUCUUCUUUGUCGUCUCGGAGUCCUUCAUUCUGUCGGCCAUGGCCUAUGACCGCUACGUGGCCAUCUGUAACCCACUAGUGUACACGACCAGCAUGUCCCUGUGGGUCUGCUUGCUACUGUUGGCGGGGGUCUACGUGAUGGGCUUUGCGGGGGCCAUGGCCCACACGGCAUGCAUGGUGCAGCUGACCUUCUGCGCCAAUAAUCUGGUCAACCACUACAUGUGUGACAUCCUCCCCCUCCUGGAGCGUGCCUGUAGCAGCACCUUUGUCAACGAGUUGGUGGUCUUUAUUGUGGUGGGCAUUGAUAUCGGGGUGCCCACGGUCACCAUCUUUAUCUCCUACGCCCUCAUUCUGGGCAGCAUCCUCCGCAUCCGCUCCACUGCUGGCCGGUCCAAAGCCUUCAGCACCUGCAGUUCCCACAUCCUGGCCGUCUCGCUCUUCUUUGGGUCCGGGGCCUUCAUGUACCUUAAACCAUCUUCUCUCUUACCCAUGAACCAAGGCAAAGUGUCCUCCCUGUUCUACACCAUUGUGGUGCCCAUGCUCAACCCCUUAAUCUACAGCCUGAGGAAUAAGGAUGUCAAAGUUGCCUUGAAAAAAACCUUGAGCAAAAAAUCAUUCUGA